AUGAAGAAACUUAGUAAGGUUGGAAAAGGAACGGUUAAAUAUGGGUUUGCUUACGAGAAUCCAAAAUCAGAAUCACGACUAUUCGUUCCGCAAGAAUUAACAAGGAUUAUACUAACACCCACUCACUCCAGAUUCAUAUUCAUCGGCACACGACAUGAGAUCCUCCAAUGGAUGCUUGAGCAUGAGAACAUAAUCGUAGAAUACGCUCCAAUGGCUGAGGGACUUUCUCCUCCACUAUCUCCGUCGACCAGUAAAUCAGCCAAACUCACAUUCGAUCUCUUUGGACAAGCAUUAAAGAAUCUAAAUCCGGCCACGAGCGACAAAGCGAUCUAUAAACCAAAAAAUUGUGCAACGGACUAUUUGCCAUGGGCAGAAGUGCUUCUGGAAAUACGACCUACAGAUCCAAUAAAAGAUGCAAAAGAAACCCCAUUAAAACGGCUCGUUCUCAAAUCAGGUUUAUCCUUCUACGAAAUUUCCAAAGCACUCGAGAAAUGUUGGAGAAACGUCAUUCCUGAUUCGUUCUCUCGUUUCCUUAAACCACCACCCACUGUCGAAGAUGGUAGCGAUGAUGCCCCAACCGAAGAUGUUAAUCCGUUUUAUGACUGGUUAGCAAGAACUAAGAGUACGACUAUUCCAACUCCAGACAUAGCCAAGAAAUGGCAGCAAAAGAUGUCCGUUAUUCCACCUGGAGUAGUGACGCCAUACGUUAUAGAAAAUAUUGCUUCAGAUGAUAUGGUGUUGACUAAGCCCGAGGAACAGAGGAGACUGGAAAAGGAGAGGGAAGCCAUGGAAGAGAAAGAAAGGGCGAGAUUAGCAGAGGAAUUUGGAGAGGGUAGUCAAUUCGCGUUGCCCAACUAUUACCAUUCAUCCGAGGAUCCAUUACUUGAAAGUGGAAUGACUGUGGGGAGAUCAACAUAA